AUGAAGAUGCUAAAGUUGAUCAAGGACUAUGAUUUGGCGAUAGAGUACCAUCCAGGGAAGGCCAAUGUGGUAGCAGAUGCUCUAAGUAGGAAAACUUCCACUUUUUUAGUUUCUGCUACAUCAUCUUAUCGGUUUCAACUUGUAGCUCUUCGAGAUAUGGAUGUGAAAUUUAAGAUCGAGCCAAAGGGAGUUUUGUUGGCAACUUUUGUGGUGAGACCAUCAUUACUGGAGCAUAUUCAGAAAUCUCAGAGAACAGAUAAGGAGUUAAUGAAGGAAAUACAGAGACUAGAAAAAGGUGAACCUAGAGGUUUUGGGCUUUGCAGUGAUGGUAUUUUGGUAUUUCAGGGAAGAGUAUGUAUUCCAAGAGAUGUAGGACUCAUAAGUGCUAUUCUAGAAGAACCUCACUCCUCAGCCUAUGCUAUACACCCAGACAACACUAAGAUGUAUCGUACGAUCAGGGAAAAUUAUUGGUGGUCUGGAAUGAUGCGUGAAAUUGCAGAAUUUGUAGGAAGAUGCUUAGUUUGUCAGCAAGUAAAAGCAGAACAUCAACAGCCAGCGGGACUAUGA